AACAUAUAAAUACCUAGCGGCUAUUUCUUGCUUUAAUAAAUCUAUUCUUCCCCACCGAGCUUCUUUUUUGCCCUAAUUCUGAACUAGAUUUCUCGUAGUCUUCAAAUUUUUACAGCGAUUUCGUUCAUAUCUUUCCGACGCAACAAGGAAUCAGUAAGGACAUGGCUGCAAUGGAGAGCAGUAUACUAGUGUUUUCAGAUCAUGUUGUUGUGCCUGUCAGCGCAGUUAUGGCUGCGAUAGCACCGCUGGGGGUCAAAGGAGAUGGACAGAAUGAUCCCCUAAUCCUCACUCAAGCUUCCUAUCUAAAGAAGCUGCCAAUGGACUCAGUUUCAGUUGAUAUUGUCGUUUACAUUGUGAGAACUGUUGAGCUUCUUGAUCAGUUUCUUGAAGAAAUCUCCAGAGUUCUGAAACCUGGGGGUACUGUCUUAAUACAGGCACCCCAACCUGCUUCAGUGAGCACGGAUAAGGUCAGCUCUACAUUUGAGCGCAAGUUAUUAUUAGCCGGAUACCUAGAGUUGCAAGUUCUGGACCUGAAAUCCUUAGUACCAGAAGUAAAUGUUCAAUCUGUAACGGUUAAGGCCAGUAAGCCCUCGUGGAAGAUUGGGUCAUCCUUUUCCAUUAAGAAAGCAACCCCAAGUUUGCCUAAAGUACAGCUUGAUGAUGAUUUGGAUUUGAUUGAUGAAGACAGUCUAUUAACAGAGGAAGACUUGAAGAAACCAGAACUUCCAGUCGUUGAUGACUGUGAAGUUGGAAGUUCAAAGAAAGCUUGCAAAAAUUGCACUUGUGGACGGGCGGAGGCAGAAGAAAAGGUUGUGAAGCUCGGCUUAACCGAGGAGCAGAUUGAAAACCCUCAGUCCGCGUGUGGCAGUUGUGGACUAGGUGAUGCGUUCCGUUGUGCAUCUUGCCCAUACAAGGGUCUACCGGCAUUCAAGCUGGGUGAGAAGGUAUCCUUGUCUAGUAACUUUCUUGUUUCUGACUUCUGAUCAUGGUUCCAACGGGAGCAGCGGAGGAUUUUGGUCUUAUCAUUCUGACGAGAUGGUUUGAAAUAUACAAGGGGCAAGAGUCAUAAUUUGGAUGGAUAGAUAUAGAUACAUACACUUGCAGGAUUCUAGGUGUUCUGGUGUGUGCCCGUGAUGUGUUAGAUUGAAUAUUAUGUAGUCUUCGGACAAUCUUUUAACGGCUUUGGAUUUCCUAAAAUAUAUUGUAAUAAUAUGCUGUUUAGAGCUACUGAUCGACUGAGAAAGAACUUGAGGUUUUGGUUUCAAAGUUUUAAAUUUCACAAUGAUCGCUUCUUUCAAUUGUAACUACAUUUUCUUGAUAGCUUUUUUACGGGCCCAUCGGGUUCUGUUGAGAGA